AUGUGCCUCGACUGCAAACGCCCCCGCCGCACCUGCAGACCCCCGGCAACGACAGCAUUGCACGGCUGCUUUCUCUCUCGGGAGGCAAUGUGCAAGGAUACCAGCGCCGACGCACCAGCCGCCACCAGCAUGUCCAACGACAAGAGCAGCGGUGUGGCAGCAAUGGCGGCGCACAUGGUCGCGCACACAGCGACAGCGGUGAUGGUGAUGCGACACGUCAGGAGGAGGGCCAUCGUAGUGGCCUGCAGUCAUGCUUGGAUUGUCAAGCAGAUGACCAACAACCCGUGGCAGGCGAUGACAGCGCUGCUCGUCAUCGCACUGCAGUCAACAGACACGCAGACACCAGUCCAGGCAGCGGCGGCAGCAGCAACGCCAGAACUGGCAAUGCCAGUGCAGCAGCAGCAGCAGCAGCGUGACGGGCAAGCAGUGAGUCCGCAUGCGAGUUUGGCGGCUUAUCUUCGUCGCUCCCUCCUCCAUGGUGGUGAUCACACGAGAACGGACAAUGGCGAUUAUGCGGAAGGCAGUGAUGGUGGUGGUGGUGGCGGUGCUCGUGACGGCGGUGCAACGCACGGACAAACCACUGGCUUUGAUGGUGUGUCCAGCUCGCCUGCGCGUAUGCCCGUGCACGACGCACACAUACACAGGGCCGCCGCCACGCGUGCAUCUAGCAGCACAGCACAUCGCAAUGGCAACUCGCGUGUUGAGCACUUGUGGCAGCAGCGCAGCGGCAACGGUGGUGCAGACGCAGGCCUGCGUCGCUCAUCAUCAGACGCUCGACUGAGCAGUGGGGUGGCAGACUUGCUUGCACGCAUGCCCCUCGCUGGUGACGAUGUGAACGCUGCAGACAAUGCCGUCACGUCAGCACCGCAUUCCGCACAGGCCUCAUACCGUCGCCGUGGUGUUCCGGUCACCGAACAACCACGACCAUCAACCACGGGCACGACCACGACCACGACACCAGCAGCAGCGCUAGCGCCCCUGCCUUCAUCCUUCCCUUUGGCGUCCAACGGUAGUGGCACUGGCAUCUUGGCUCUGUUGACUGAGGGGCAGCAACAGCAGCAACACCACCACCAGCACCACCACGAGCAGCAGCAGCAGCAGCAAUCGUGGCAUGGGCAGGCGUCUGCUACCUCGCACGGUGCCCCGUUUUCCUUUGCAAUGCACCGUCGUGGUACUCACCAGCAGCAGCAGCAGCGCGGCCCAGGGACGUUGUCGCAGCACUCCAGCCCCGAGGGUUCCGAUUUCACAAAGACCCGCUCUGUGGGCACCAUUGCAUCCUCCGAACACGGUGGCGAUGGCGAGGACAUCAGGCGGUGGCGGCGGCGGUUUGCACCUCCCCGCGUUCCUGAUGCUCCUGAUGCUCCUGAUGCUGGGGAUGAUGACGAUGAUGAUGAUGAUGACAACGGUGGUGCUGUUGAAGACUUGGGCCAUCGUGAUGGCUGCCACGAAACCAACAUUCGUGAUCGCCGCAAUCACUGUGAAGGUAGCAGCGGUGACAUGGAAGCAGUUGGACUGGAGGAUGGACAAGACGACGAUGGCCGCACAGCUGCGCAGACAGACCUUGAUAGUUCGCUGCACCUCAGCGAUCUCAGCGUCAACGACCCGGAAGAAUCGAGUCACUACCAUCGCCAUCAUCACCACCAGCACCAGCACCGUCCAUACCGUACGCUCCGUGGUGCGCACACGAGCGACGAUGAUGGUGGCGAUGACGGUGAUGAUGAUGAUGGUAGCGGUGGCGAAGGUGUUGGGCAACACAGUCAUGAUGGUGAAGGUGGUGGUGUUCGUGGUGGUGAUGGUGACGAUUAUGGGCGGCAGAACAGUGGUGAUCGCGCCAACCAGAGUCGGCGUGCCGCAGUGCAUGACAGAAAUAGCCAUCAACGUGGGGCCACUCACGUGAACGGCCGCAGGCGUCAUGGCGAUGGGCGUGGCACAGGGGAGCACAUGCAGGGCGAGCAAGAGACGCUGGUCCGCCAGCCGCUGUCACCAGGCCAGACGCUUCGUGCCUCACACCUGCACGCGCCGCUGACGCUGCAAACACUCACGCCCGACCACGACGACGAUGACGUGACGCCAUACGGUGUGGAUGGUCAUCAGGACGGCAUGGCACAGCACGCCACUGGUCGCCAGCACGCAAGGUCACAUGUUCGUGCCCGUCCUCUCGCGUCGCGAAGCUCUGUCAAUGAACGUGGUGGUCACACACCAGGCCCCGCUGUUGCCACCACAGCCGACGGUGAGGAUGGGAGUGGUCGACUGGAUGCGCACGCACACAUCUUCUCCGCAGACCACCCACUCCUGAGCAGCACAGGGCGCAAGCUGGCGCCAACCGCAUUUGCAGACGUUGCGCGUGUUGGCGCCCGUAGCCGUGAGGACGAUGGCAGUGCAGGUGGCGGCAGUGAUGGUGAUGAUGGUGAUGAUGGUGAUGAUGGUGGUGAUGGUGGUGAUGGUGGUGGCUAUGGUGAUGAGGACAUCCACAGCGAGCACCAUGCCAUGGUGAUGGCUCGGGCCGCUUUUCUUGGUGUUGGCAGCAGCAACGAUCGGCAAUCAAGAGGGACGUCAUCCACGCGCACAGACGGCGUUGACAGCGGCCGGCUGGCAGGGUCAUUGCAAGACCUGCCACUGCCCAACAUUGAUGGUCGUGGUGGUGGUCGUGGUGGUGGUCGUCGACAUCACCGUAACGACGACGACGACGACGAAGGGGACGUUGCUGUUCGCGAGGAAGAUGAGCAUCGGAGGCGCCAAGCGAAGGAAGAAGAGGACGGGCGGACCGCACCAAACCCCGCACGCAUGCAACAUGGGCACACUCAGAAUGAAGCACGUGCAACGGCCCACAGCGAAAACAGCAACGGUGAUGGUGCCAGCGGAACGGGUCGGUGGGUACAGUCCCGCCAGGAGAUGCAUGACCACAGACAACACCAGCAAGAGGGCCAGUGGUGGUUGGAGCAGGCGCAUGUCUCAAACCAUGAUCCAAAGCUGUCACCCUUGCCGUCACUGCUGUCCUCAUCACCGGACACCGUCCACCCUUCCCGCGCAGUCGCGCUCGGCGCCAGUCUCACGGAAGCGGCCAACAACAACCGCAGCGCCACCAGCACCCAUAACAGCAACAGCCACACCAGUCACACCAGUCACACGGGCCAUAAUGGUGUGUUAGGAAUGGCGCCGUGGCCCGCACACCACGGCGGCUCGUCUUUGGUGCUGACCGGUGGAGGGGAUGAGCGGUCAGGGGUGGCAGCGUUACCUCCAGCGUCACUUCGCGAACAGGCAGCUGCCGUGAGGGGCGGUGGCAGCGACAGUGCUGACUGCAGCGCUGGUCGUGGUGGCUGGAGGAUGCGUGCUGGGCACAGCCCGCAGUAGCACAGGAUGGCUUGCAAAAGAUUGUGUGUGUGGGGGGGGGGGGCAAG